CAAGCCUUUUCUUUUCUUCCAUGCCAUCUCCAAAAAGUUUUGCUGUCACGGCCUCGCCCUCGUUUCUCUUUCGGUCGGAGUUUUGCUUCCUUUGCCAACAAUAGACACCACACGCUAUUGUGUUUCAUUUCAGCUCGUUCACUUCUCGACACGCGAUAAUGUCUCUUUCGAUCACCUAACAUUCUUACCGUUUCUUUAGACUUUCUGUCGACUUCAGCAACAAAGAGCGACAUAACCCACUUUCUUUGUGCCAGCGCAGGGCGCCGCAUCAACCAACAUGGCCACUCUGCACGUUCCCAACACCUUCAACAACAUAGACUCGAAGACCGAAAACCUGGAUGACCCCAAGGCUCAGAGAAUAACCCGAUUCCCAGCCGCAGCGGACUUUCGGUCACCAAAGCAACCCCCGUCGACCUCGGACAGCUGGGGUAACGAGAGUGUUCCCCCACCUUACAACAACAUCGACCCGACGGAUGUAGCAUCUUAUCAAGCCCAGGCAACCCGAGACUGGGCAUACGAUGCAUCCCGGAUUGCAGCACGGAAUGCACUGCAGAAAAGAUUUUCGAUCGGUAACACAGCACGACAAAAGUCCAAGAAGAAACCAAAACAGCAAACUACCAUCACGGUCGAUACGAGUUGCUUGGCUCACCAAGGCGAGGUACCACGACAGAUAUUUCCUCAGGCAGGAAAGGAGGAUGCGGUGAUCUAUAUCAACGAGGCUGAUAUGACGUCUUCGGAAGAACGCGAUGCGUGGAGCAAGUCGAAGUGGAUGCGAAAGCUUGGAUUUGGAGGGAAAAAGGAAGAGUCGGAGAGAAUCGCCCCAGUGUACGAACUGCAGUCCCAACCGGAUAGGACGCCUUUGCCGUACGACAAUGGCUUUCGCUUCAAAACAAAAACUUUGAGAGCCAACCCACCGCCGCAAGCACUCCCAGUACCGACAUCACUCCCUGUUCCGAGUAGCCCCACGCUCGAAGCUGCCAAUCAGCCAAAUCCCUCGCGUUUAUCUUUGUCGGACAUCUCUCCCUCGGACCGUCCCAUCACCAUUGGACUUUCAGUAUCCCCAGAGCAAGCAUCGGAAUAUCAGGCAAGCCCAGACCCAGGCUCUGCUCAUCCAAACACGUAUCUCGAUACGAACCGACGCAUGUCUAUUGGCGGAGCCUCAGUGGAUACACCAACGAUCGUCGUCACGCCAGCGCAGGAGAAUUCGGGCUGGCUAUUGCCUCCUAAUAACGGACUCCAUGCCCCUAGACCUGCAUCGAGUGUUUAUUCUCGAGGAACAAAUUGCUUUACGCUUUACAACAACCUCAAUUUGAAAGAUGCGCCCCCAGUCCCCGCUCUUCCGCCACACAUGUUCGCUCAUAAAGAAUCGCCUCGAGAGAUGACAAGAGAGUUUGAUGUGCCAGAACAUCGAAGGACUCCUGGCGGCUAUGGAAUUCAAGGAUCGCCUCAGUACAGCCCAUCAAUUGAGGAUACGCCCAAGAGAAAAAGGAUAAUGUCGGGGCAGACUGAAGGGACUAUGUUUGAGGAGGACAUGACGCCUACUUCUGCGAAGACGGAGGUAAGAGGUCCUAAUGGCCUCUACGUCGAUACCAAUAUUCCGCCAACUCCUCGUCGUUCUCAAGGUUGGUGGAAUGUCAUCACCACCCCAUUUGCGAUGACACCAAAUCGCUGGAAGUUCAGUCCGAGCAGCGAAGCGAGCACUCCGGACGUACCGAUGGUCCCAGCUGCGGCUAGUUUUUCUGGUGUUCAAAGGCAACAAUCUCUUAAGCCGCGGACUCUGGCCUCGCCGGAUGCAAGGUUCAGCGUAGCAACUUGGGAAAGGAACUCUCCAGAUUCGACACCUCGGAUGCACGAUGAUCUUGGAAUUUACAGAGCACCAGAUUUCUCGUCAUCGCCAUCACCACCCACGGAAGAUUUCCAUGACGAUGCGGACAAUCAGGGAUCUGGGAAAGCGCAGGGCUCAGGCAGUGGACAAGGCCCGGUGGCUGGGAUGCAGGGAUCGGCGGCGGCUAAAGCUGAUAGCCCGCCACCUGCGACAAUCAAGUCGAACCAGAACAGCCCGCAUAAUGUCUACAUCGUCAACAACUACUCUCACACUCAAAACAUACAGCAGUCUGAGGGGACCAUUACCAGGAGCGGCACUUUGAAGAGCACAGACACGAUCCCCGUACUUGGAGUUGCUUCCCUUGGCACGGUCCUAUCGGCUCGCGCCGUGCACGAACCCCACAACCCUAAUGCGCAGUACCUGAGCAGUGGUCGUACAGCUGCACUUGAGACUGCAACUCCUCCAAUGGUGUCCGCAGAGCGUCGGCCGAGCGCGCCUCAUGAUAUUUCGGUUCCUUACUUCGCGCCGCCGCCCAAUUACCUGCACCCCGAGUACCCUCAACAAGCCUACACGCAACAUGGCUACCCGCAGCACGGCUACUCGCAGCACAGCGCGCACGACUACCAGCAUCACGGUUACCAACAUUAUGCCGCCGAUGCCCCACCAUCACCCCGGGGAGGUACCCGGAGGCCAUUUCCCAAGGAUGGACGCAUCCACGAAUACGAAAAACCCGUGAAACCUGCAAAGCCCGCUCGCCAGAAGGGUGCAGGUGGAUAUUGGAGCUUGGCAAAGUUUUUUAGAGGAAACAAAACUGGACAGGCCUCUCAGGUGGCCACUAACCCCACAAAAAAGAGGAGAAGAAGAUGGUGUUGCUGGUGUUGCCUCCUUUUUCUCAUUCUUUUGGUUAUUAUGGCCGUUCUUCUUGGAAUAUUAAUACCACGGAUGCAUCACAACGAAACGGCGGAUGUACAGUCCCAAUGGCUCAACUUGACUGGAUAUCCACCGAUUCCUACCGGCGUUGCCACUAUCGCUCGACCGAACAACAAUCACGCUGAGAGCGGCUGCGUAUCUCCACAAACCAUGUGGAGCUGUGACGUGCCAAAGGAAGAGCAAGCGGGUUUGGCUCCGAAUGAUCCAAGCCAACCGAACUUCAAGCUUCAAAUCCAGUUUGUGAACGGGACCGUUUCUGACGUGUCGGCUCUGCAGCCCAAGAAAGCGGUCGUUAGGCGCGCCAAUGCACCAACUGCUGACCCUGCUAUGCCGGACUUGGAGGAUCAAGCUUUCCUAGGUAACACUACGGAUGGCAACAGCAAACCGUUUGUUGGGGAGGAGACGCCAUUCUUUAUUUCCUUCCUCACAGGUGACCAUGUGUCGUCGCGCCGUGUCAAGCGUGCCAAUGACGACGACAGCUCACCUACUACAAGUGAGACCUCUUCCACUACUAGACGUAGCUCGAGUGCAACGUCGUCCACCAGACACGCCUCAUCCAAGACUGCUAGCAGUACAGCAGCGGCCACCAGCUCCUCGUCUGGCAAUUUAGCUUCAUUUAUCCCCGCUCCGGACAUAGCCUCUGACGGUACUGCUGCUGCUGCCAAUAUCUUUCCAUUUCCGGAAAACCAACGCCUCAGGUUGUACAACCGUGGCCAAGCAGAUGAGCACUACGGCUUCUACACAUACUACGACCGCUCGAUCUUCCUCAAAAACAACAUUGCCUCUAACAGCAGUGACACGGGCGAGUUGGUUUCGGAUCAGAAUGGCGGGUCCGCCAAAGAUGCUGCGCGGGUGCGCUGUACAUGGAGACAAACCAGAUACUUGGUGCAGAUAUGGACAAACAGCGAAAGCAGCAAACCUCUCCUGUUGUCCGCCAGCACAGCUACUUCGACGGCAUCAGCCUCUUCCGCGACGUCUACGGCCCAACCGGCCACCGAUUUCAGUCGACCUGGCUCUUUUCCAUAUCCAGUCACCAUUACGUUGGAUCGUCACGGUGGUAACAUCACUGAAAAGUCGAUUUACUGCUACGGUAUGGAUGAUGACACGAAGAUCCUCAAAGAUCAGGUGAAGUUCCAGCUGGAGAACAGAAACUUUGGUGGCUCGUUAGUGAAUCCCGCGCAAGGCCCAUUUGGAGGUGUCAACGUUUCUAUUGCCGAUGGUGGACCUGGUGGUAUCGAUGGUGGGACCGGGGGGUGCGGUUGUCAGUGGAGGAAUUGGGAGACCAGGUGAAGCGUUUACGAAGUAUGGUUUUUAUGAUUUUUGAAGGAUUCUAGUUUAGUAUUGCUAUCAUGCUGGCAUGUUAAUAAUGAUUUUGAAUGCGUUCAUAGGAAUGAAUUUCGG